UAUAUUUAAAUGACAAAAAUUAAUAUUAAAGAUAUAAAGAAUAGAAAUUUAUUUUAAAAAGUUAGAAAAUGUCAAGAUUUCAAGAAAAAUAUAAACGAUGGAGUGAUCCCAAUUUAUAUAAUUCUUGCUUUUAUUGCACACCAAUAUCGGAAGAAGAAAUAGUACCUUCUCUGUAUCCAUCAGAAUUGUCAUCACAAUUAUUUUCAACAACACAAAAAUGUGUAUCUUAUAAAAAAACUUCAUCAAAUUACUGUUUAUGUCGUAAACAUUAUGAUGAAAAAAUGAAAUCUUAUGACUCACAAAAUAAACUGAAAUGUUUGAAAUGUCAAGAAUCUGAAAAAAUAAGAGAAAAUUUAGAAUUACAUUUGACAGGAACUCAAAUAGAAGAAUCUUUAGCAGAAGAUAAACAAGCAGCUUUACUACAACAUCUAAAUUUAAGUAUUACUGCUCUUGAAGCUCUUGCACAGUAUGGACAAUCUUUGCAAUCAUCUCAAUUAGCUGCAUGUAGAGUGCUCAAUAUUAGUCAUUUAUUGACACUUCCUCAAUCAUAUUCUGUAAAUUCCAAAUCUGAUUCUUUACAUUUAACAAUGCAUCUUCAACAGGUAUAAUGAUUUUAAUUAUCAUACAUAUAAAAUAUAAGAUUGAAAAUUGUAAUCAUAAUUUGUAUAUAAAAAUAAUUACAAUAUAUUUUUAAAUAUAUUUUAAUCGA